AUGAGCCAUUCUACAACGGAGACGAAAGAAGCGACCGAAGCAUACAAAGACACGAUGAGCGACAGCGUUAAAAGACGGCGCGAGAGCGAAGGUACUGGGGAGAAGGAAGAAAUAGGACGAGAUAGGGACGAAAAGUCAAAAAUUAGAGGUGAGGACGACAGAGACGUGGACAGAGAAGAAAAAGCGCAGGUUGUGGCGGUGGGAGACGACGGGCAGCAGUGUUCGAAUUGUGGAACCACGAAGACACCGCUUUGGCGGAGGGCACCUGAUGGGACGUUGAUAUGCAAUGCGUGUGGAUUGUAUCUUCGGUCCAACAACAGUCAUAGGCCUGUGAACUUGAAGAGGCCGCCCAAUACGAUUCGGGUUAUGAAAACGGAGGAAGGAUCAUGCAAAGGUGAUGGAAGGUGUAAUGGUACGGGGGGCUCAAUGGCAUGCAAAGGGUGUCCAGCGUAUAAUAACAGAGUGGUUAUGAAGCGAGACACGGCUAACGAGUCGAGUGAUAAUGACGGCGAGACGGACGGGAACAGGACGCCAGAAAAGAUGUCUUCGCCAGCGGGCACCCGUACGCCAGAAAACGAACCCAUGGCCAUCGCCUGUUUCAAUUGUGGUUCCACCAUCACACCGUUAUGGAGACGGGAUGACGCAGGUAACACCAUUUGUAAUGCUUGUGGGUUGUACUACAGGCUACAUGGAUCACACAGACCGAUUAAGAUGAAGAGAAAUACUAUCAAGAGGCGGAAGAGAAACAUGACCCAUGUCAAGAGAGACGAUUCGGAGGACAGGUUGACGUCGCGUGCAUUAAACGAGCCUCAACAGCAGCCUGGAAUACAGCCUCAACAGCAGCCUUGA